AUGACUUUGAAUGACCACCAGCCAACCAAAACGGAACAAGAACCACCAAAUACUGCUUUGUCCAUUCACAUUAAAGAAGAGUAUAGUAAGCUUAAGUGUGAACUAGAUUAUAUACAUAGGGAUAAUUUGAAUUUGAAGCUGUUGCCAAUCCAAUUGGAUAAAUUUAGUCAAGUAGAGGAUAAAACCUUUGAUCUUUUAGGUACUGAACCAAUUGAAAGUAAAGAAGAAUUUACUUACUGCUUUAAGUGUAACUUUUGUGUGAAAAACGUUCUUUGA